AUGUCGCAUCCAACUCAAGGACCUUCCACCAGCCAGUCCAACUCAGCGCGCUCUACGCCGCAGCCGCCAGCAAACCUCCCAGCGAGACCUCCUCCGUCUGCGGUAUCCCAGCCUGCGCGCAAUGUCGCUGCCUUCAGUGGUUUCAAGCCGCGCAAUGUCACCGCUGCGCCUACUGCUCCAGCUCCGUAUGCUGCAACAAACAUGAGCUACCCUCCUCAGUACUCGGCUGCUCCAGCUUCGCAAUCCUACUAUCCCACUACAUACUCCUCAGCACCAGCCAGUCAAUCGUACUACGCCGGCGCCGGCGCUUCUUACCCUGGGGCUGCCGCCUAUCCCGCUCAAGCGCAAUACACCGACACCCCUCCUCAGAUCAAGAAUCCCUUCGCGCCUCCUCCAGCUGCAGGUCAAGGUUCUCUCUACGGUAACAACAGCUACGAUCCCGAGAUGGAAGCACAGAUUCAACAGUGGCAGAGCGCAUACACGAACAAAGACGACCCAUCGAAAACAACAAACAAGGGUGCAGCUGUAGGCAAUGCGAACAAUAUCCCGCUUGGCGCCAACAGGGCUCAACCUUCUACGUCAACUGUAUCUGCUGGACCUGCGGCGCCUGUCGAUACAUCCGGCAAGCAAAAGACUGUUCUCCGCGAAGGAGGUGGCCAGAAGUGGGAGGAUCCCACGCUUCUUGAGUGGGGCGAUCACCCACGCCUGUUUGUUGGUAAUCUUGCUGGUGAGGUGACUGACGAGUCUCUGCUCAAAGCUUUCGCAAAAUACCCAUCAGUCCAGAAGGCUCGUGUCAUUCGCGACAAGCGAACCACCAAAAGCAAAGGUUUUGGCUUUGUCAGCUUGGCCAACACCGACGAGUUCUUCCAAGCUGCAAAAGAGAUGCAGGGCAAGUACAUUGGCAGUCAUCCUGUCUUGAUCAAGCGUGCCGAGACCGAGAUCAAGACAGUCGUCAAGAAGGACAACAACAACAGAUACAACAAGAACAACAAAAACAAGAACAACAAAGACAAGGUCAAGGAAGACAAGGGCCCUCUCGGAGCCAACACCGGCGCUGGAGUUCAGAAAAAGCAGGCCAAAGCCACUGGCGGUGGUCAGUUCAAGUUGCUUGGUUGA